AACUUUUCGACAGCAACGGAUCAGGUCAAUUUUUACACCAAUCACUGAUCCAGCAGCGUAAGAACCAACAAAUAUUCAGGAUGAAAACACUUUUCAUCUUUGCCGUCACCAUUGCGGUGAUUCUGGCAUUAUCCUCUCCCGCUCAUGCCUUUGGUGCGGGGAAUGUUCCUUCGUAUGGGUAUCUCGAAGGCAAGGCUUUCCGUCAUGGUGAUUUGGAGGAUACGUUGAAGGAACUCGUCAUGAAAUACAGUUCCGGACUCUUCGGUCUCGGUAUCGGUGGUAACUCCAAGUUCUCUGGUCUCAAUGUCAAAAGAGUCUACUUCGGAAACUGGCUCAGGGAUUACUCCCAGGCUGUUGAUGUUGGAACGUUGUCAAAGGGGUUGAAUACAGCGGUCAUCAAGACUCUAGUGUGGGUUAUGGCGUUUAUGAGUUUUGGGUACGCGACGGCGGAGUUUGAGGUCACGGAGGAGCGUCUUGGUGUUUAUAGGCCUGAGGAGCAUAUCGACAACCCUCGGGACUAUGCUGACAAUGAAGAUGCCCGCCGCUACGAUCAGAGACUUCGUGGGCCUGUUAACCCGCAGGAGCUGGAGGUUGAUCCCCGUACCGGCAUGAAGAAUUAUAUUGCGAACGAGCAGGGUGGGUGGGCGACUUCGACAAUGUGUAUUCGGAAUGCAUUGUUGCGAUCUAUUGAUCUUGGACGUCGGUCUGGUGGGAAGGAUACUGCUGAGUUCUGGGAGGCAUUGAGGUUGCUUGGGCAGGCGUUGCACACCCUUGAGGACUUUUCCGCUCACUCGAACUAUUGUGAGUUGGUCCUCCGUGAGAUGGGAUUCGAGGUCUUUGCGCACUGUGGUGACACGACGAUGAUCCCGAGUAACAACUCCCGCUCCGGACGUGUGUUCCCGUUGGUUACUGGUACGUUCGGUGGUAUGGAUUUCGUGCACUCCCUUUUGGGUGAGGCUGCGGAUCAUAUUUCUCAGACUCAGAUCUCGGAUUUGCAGGAUUCUAUGACGAAGGCUCGUCAAGCUCCGAAUGGAGGUGAUACGGCGCUGAGGUCGCUUCUUGGACAGAUUCCGGGACAGAACUUGACGAAAGAUCUGGAUGAUAUUGAGGCGCAGACUCGGGGCCCUACUGCUGGGGGACAGUAUGGUGGGGUUGGGAAUGCUGCGAAUAACAUUGAGGACAUCCUUCAGAAGAUUUAUCCGGUUUUUGCGUUCCGUGAUAAGGUGAUGAAGGUUCUCUCCAACACCAUCGAAAAGAUUCCUGGCUUGGACAGUCUUGUCGAGUCCAUCUCCGAGGGCCUGGCUGUCUUUGUCCUCAGCACUAUCGAGCCCUUCAUUAAGCCGCUUGUUCAGCAGGUUAUGACGCAGAUCAAUGCUGGGACAGAGAUGGUCACGAACAAUGACGCGCAGUUCAAGCCGUGGACUGAUGCGUACUGCUCUGACCCUACUCACUCUAUGUUGUCGAAGGAUCACUUCUCUACGUACCUCAAUGAGCCCGCUGGUCGCAUCGCUGUUCAAGUUGUCACCUAUACCGUCGAGCGCAUCACUAAGGCUUGGAGUGAUACCUCCAUUGAUGCGUACAGGACCGUUGAGGAUAUCUUGCAGGUAUUCCACCACCCUGGUGUUGGUCAAGUGCGCGGUAUUGAAAUCCGUGAGAAGAUGUUCAGUGUGGUUCAACAAUGGGUCAGCGCUCUCGGAAACGACAAAUCUGUCGUUAUGGAAGGGUUGAGCAAGGAGGGUGUCAGGGCUGGCCGUAACCACGACAACAAGAGGAAGAGCGCAGCGUUCAGAGGUGCUCCUGGCGGUGUUGGUGGUGGUCAGGCUCAGCACGUUCACGGUUACAACGAUGGGUG